AUGCCCAAUUCCAACCCUGUCAUCGUCAUACUCCACGGCGCCUGGCACACCCCAGCCCACUACGCCGAAUUCACCUCCGCCCUCAAGUCCAAGGGCCACGAAGUCCAUAUCCCCCGCCUACCCUCCAUGAGCGACACCCGUCCCCCAAACGCAGAUCUUCACACAGACACAGAUUUCAUCCGCAGCUACGUGAAAAGCCUAGUCGAAGCCGGCCAGGGGGUAGUCGUAUUCAUGCACUCCUACGGCGGCCAAGUAGGCACCAACGCCCUGGUGGGUCUAGGCGCCGAGACCCGGAAGCAACAGGGCCAAACCGGCGGUGUCGUCCUGUUAAUCUACAUGUCCGGCUUCGCAGUCACGGAGAACACGUCCAUGAUGAGCGUCGUGAAGCAAUUCGGACAUGAGGAUCUGAUCCCGCUUGCAUUUGACAUCGCCGAGGAUUACAGUACUGUGAGCCGGGACCCGAAGAACCUGAUUAUUGGGCCUGGCCGGUCCGACGAGGAGACUGAUGCUUAUGUUGCUGCUAUGCUGCGGUGGAAUGGGAAGACUAUGUAUCAGGAUGUGGAGCGGUGUGCUUGGAGGGAGAUUCCGGUGGCGUAUAUCUAUGCUACCGAGGAUAUGAAUGUGCCGUUUGAUUAUCAGAAGUGGUUUGUGGAGACGAUGCGGGAGGAUGGUAGAGAGGUUGAGACUUUUGAGGUUCAGACUGGGCAUUGUCCUACUUUUACCAAGUUUGAGGAGGUGGCGACGAUUGUGGAUGGUGUUGUCAGUAAGCUUUGA